AUGUAUGCGAUUGAAGUGUUUUUAAUCAAAAUUAUUCUUCAUUGCUAUUUUUUGAAAACAGUUGCUGUUGGUACAGGAUAUAGUUUUGAGACAACAUGUGUAUGUACACAAGCUUCAUCUAAUGGUACAUUUUGUUGGGCAUAUAAAUGUCGAUCAGAUCAAAUUACGACAUGUUUUUCAAGUCAUUCAACUGUAGAAAUAAAAUUAACAAAAGAACGUAUAUCAAUGAAUAAUCUUAAAAUAGGUGAUGAAAUACUUGUUGACAUUAAUAAUUAUAAUCAACGUAUAUAUGAGCCUAUCUAUUCAUUUAUUCAUGCAAGUCCUAAUGGAUUAUAUGAUUAUUUAAAAAUAUCAGUAGAAAAUAUUUCUGAACAAUCAUUGAUCAUUUCAAGUAAUCAUCUUAUCUAUCGUAUUAAUGAAAAAAAUCCAAUUUUUGCUGGACAUUUAAAAAUUGGUGAUCAAUUACAAGUCAUAACUAAAGAUGGAUAUAAACAAGCUGGAUCUAUUAUAAAUAUUCAAUUAAUUAAAAGCCAAGGUUUUUAUGCUCCAUUAACACUAAGUGGCAAGCUAGUUGUGGAUGGAAUCGUUGUGUCAAAUUAUGCAACAGUUGCUAAUCAUCACUUAGCUCAUCUGUCAAUGCAACCGUAUCGAUGGUGGAUUCAGUGGAUAGGAUUAUCAUCAUAUUCUGACUCUAUCCAUUGGUAUUGUCAAUGGUUGUAUCAUAUUGUUGAACAAAUAAACAAAUGGAUCUUCUCGAUAGAGUUAUAUGAUGGAUAUUUUACAGUGUCAAACUUUUGA